GUGAAACAUGUGACGCCCAAUGUUACCAGAUUUACCGCUAAAGCGGUAUUUUUACUGCUAGAGCGCCAUCUACCCAUCUACCGAUAUCCAGUUUUACUUCUGUAAUAUACGGCUUUAUCAUUAUCAUACCCGGUGCGUGGAUACAUAAGUUGCUACCGCCAUCUCACGGUGAUAGCCAAUCCUUGGGUAAGAAGUGGCGUGUGAGAACAUCCCAACAUAGAAGAUGUUAUUUCUGCUACCACUUUGAGCACCUCGGUCUUCAAUUGUCACCAAAUGGUUGGCUAGUAGUCAGCACAACCUGUAAACCAAACAUGCCCUACCUGGAUUAUGUUAUAUGUAGUAUUUUCAAAAAUAUACUAGUCAAUGGGAAAAGUUGACAGAAUUUAAACGAUGGCUUAGAGCUAGCAAAAAGGGGAGCCACUUUACUGCUGUAAUGCAUGCAUUAGUAUAAAAGCUGUAAAAAUUCAACUUAAUCAUCUUGCUCAACGAGACAAAUAUAAAGAAGUUUGCAACAAUAAUUUUAAACACAGGCCUUUGAACGAGAUGCAACCUUCAGGUACAAAUGUGCAAUUAAAAAAUGCUGAACUAAUAGCAGCUUUUGUGGUAGAACAUGAUUUACCACUGGCUGUAAUGGAUCAUGUUCCAAAUAUGCUACGAAAGUUUCAGUGUCUUCGUGAAGUCUGCAGAAAAAUUGCAAAAGAUUUGAUAGAGGAUAUGAUUUCUAACUUAGUCAAGAAAAAAAAAGGGAUCAAAGAAAAGGUCGCAUUUGGGUAAGAAGAUAGAUCAAUAGAAGACAAAUGCUGGGUGCAACUUUUGAUGGAACUUGCAGUAGAGGAUCCUGAAAGCUAUAGGAAUCGCUUACAUAUGCCAAAGAAACACUUUAAUAUCCUUUUGAAUUGUGUAAUGCUGUACAUUCAAAAGUUGAAUACCUACUGCAAUGAGAGAUUCUAUACCGCCCAAACUGAAGCUUCAAAUAACAUUGAGAUAUUUGGCUCUGGAGAUAGUUUUGCUACACUUCAAUAUUUAUAUAGAAUUCCAAAAUGUACCAUAUCAAAGUUCCUACCAGAUGUUUGUGACAGCAUUUCUUUGGCUUUAUUAAGGUUCCAAAUACACAAGAAGAAUGGAAAAAAAUCAUGAGAGGAUUUUCUACCGGAUGGAAUUUUCCAAACUGCUGUGGAUCCAUAGACGCGUUGUUGUUAUCUUUCCUGCAUUGGGACCAAACUACUUGAAGGCGAUUCAGUAUCAGGCAGAAUUGUUCGACCUUGCCACCUUUACCUUGGGAUCCAGAAAGUUGCUUUGUGUUGGUGUGUGCUUUAAGGAAUAUAUCUCGUAAGUUUUUAUCAUUUAUUUUCGUUAAACAGUUUAUGGGAUAAUUACCGUAACCGCUGUUUCCCAGUAAACCUAUGUAAAAGAAAAGUAGAAAAUGUUGAGGAACUUGUUUACAAUAUGCUAGAAUAUGAAGGUUAGGGUGAAUGUGACAGUAUAUUGAUAGUUCAUCCCUUAAAUGAAAUCUAAAGUGUAAUUAUAAUAUUUUGUGUUCAAAAUAACUAAGCCAAUGUCUUUUGAUGUGGUUAUAUUAUGUUAUGCCAACAACAAACACAUUGCUCAUAGACAUUAUGUAAUUUCAUGGUAAAUAUUAAUCAACAAGAUGCUAUUUUGCCAGUACUCAGUCAGAAGAUGCUAGUAGUCAGCCUGUUAGUUGCCAGUUGUCCUACAGGAUUUGAUUGGGUAGUUUUAGGCAACUGUGUUCAACACGGAAAUGCUCAGAGCUGUGAAGGUCUACAAACAAGCAACAAAAUGCCUGAAACUGAACCUGAAUGUUCUGUAAGGGUGAGAAAAAAACGCCCUGAGAGACAGUUGUAUGUUCCUCCAGCUCAACGAAUUUUCAAAAAUCGAAAUUCAGACACUGUACAAAAAUUGGAAAAUAUUGAACAAAAACAAAAUAAACAUACAAUUGAGAAGAAAAACAGCAAGAGGAGAAAAUCCACAGAACCUGGUAUUUCAAAAACAAAGAUCUCUGAUACUGAGCUGAAAUCCAAUAAUGAUGAUUCAAUCUAUCAGCAAAAUUUACAUUAUUUAUUCAACGAUUUUAUGGAAUAUUUUUUUUGGUGUUACACAUUUUCAGUAAAAUGGAAAUAUAGGGUACCUGAAAACAAAUCCUCAUUUUUCCGUGAUAGUUCUGUGAUGAAGGCAUAUAUUUUUUUCAAAACAUUCACAAAGCUGUAUGACACAUCGUUAUAUAGAAUACCACUAUAUUUUUGUUGCCCUAUUGUGCGACUAGACAUUUUAAGAAGAGAUAUAUUUUUGUGGCAGCCAAAAUAUUAUGUGCAUAGAGAAAGUAAGAUCAGCAAUAUUGAAGUAAUAUGUGACUUUGAUCCUAUCCUAGAGGUACCAGCGGCACUUCCAUUACCAGUAAUGGUUGAGAACUACAGCAGGGAAAUUAAUGAACGGAACCAUGACUAUUAUGAUUUUGUUUGUUUCAAAAAAAGAUGCUCAGCAAUGAGUGAUAUCUAUGGUUUGUUUGUCAAUUACUAUUUCUUUAUUGAUGAUGUAACUUCCAACUUUGAUGAAGAAACUUUGGAUCAUCUCUUAGGCCCUGAAAGUAUACACAAAUCGGAAAAUGUCGAAACUAUUGAUCUUCAACCAGCAUGUAUGGUUUCUUCCAUCAUACAAGACUCUCCUGAGGUUGACACAACUUUUGAUUGUGUUGAUGUCUCUAUAAAGCCUGAAGAAUGUGCAAUAUCUUCUAGAUUAAGUUACGAAUCUCCUCCAAAUUUGGAUGUAACUCCACAAGUGAUAUCCGAAACUACAACUGAAGUAAGUUCUAUGAAAAGUUCUAUACAAUCAAGAUUAGACGACCCUGUAAAAGAAAAGGACAUAAAAGAAAGAACCGAGCAUGAUGAAGAAAAAGAAAUAAUGAGAAGAACUAAGGAGAACAUAAACAGACGUAUUAAGCCUAUAAUGAAGUAUGUCGAGGAUGCAGACAAUACUUUAUGUAUCAAUAAAGAUGAAAAUUUGAAUAAUUGGGAGGAUCUUUUUGAUGAUGAUGGUCAGUUACACGAAAACUUGGUUAAGCAGAUUGUAAAGAAAGUAGGUCAAGAAGUAACAAUUGUGAAAGCCAAAGAAGAUUAUACAGAAUACUGCAGUACAAAGCAAAUAGAGGAGUUUGAGCACAUGGUCGAAUUAUACGAUUUUCCUUCUACAUUCGAAACCAAUGAUCUGAUUCAAGCAUUUAGCGAAAUCCAGAGUGAUGCAAUGUAUGUCAAGUGGGUGGAUGACACUCAUGCUAUAUUGGUACUAGGAUCUCUCGCACAAGCUCAAAAAGCUGUGAGCUUGACGAGUCCGAUUAUCAAAGCGCGUCCUAUGACGGCAGCAAGCAAAGCUGCCCUCAACACUGCCCAGCGACACGACCUAAGGCCAGCUAUGAAAAGGCCUCAGACCAACUUGCAGACAGCAAGGCGUCUGAUCACAACGCACUUGGGAAGGAAGAGUGGUAUCAGUCAGGAAAAGUCUGCGCAGGAGAGGAAUGACCUACGAGCUGCUAGAGAGCAAAAAAGGCUAGUCAAGAAGAAUGAGCAGGACGCUUGGGAAGGGAAACUUAGAUCGUGUCUGAAUUAGAAUUAAGUGUUGAGUGCCUUAUGUAAUUUAUUUUGUUUAUAUUUUAUUAAGUGUGUAAUUCAUAGAUAUAUUCCAGGUUGUCCAAGAAAAUUGGACAAUCUCCUUUGUACAAGAGAUGUAUACUAUUUACAGAAUCUUAUUAUAUUAAAGGUUUGUCAAUAUUUGUCAUAUCUGUUUGGAUGUAUUUUUGUAAUAUAAAUCCAUUUAGCCAA